AUGACCACCUUUCCUCGACACCCACUUCAGCUCGAUCGUCCUUAUUCAGGAUCAUCCCAUUCCUAUCGAACUUCCUUGACUCCUUCGACUAACUCAACGGCUCCAAGGGACAGUACGACCGCUCCCCCUCGUACACCUUCACCAUAUCUCCCUAACCCACCUUCACCCAAGAUCCCUCAUAAUGAUGUGUUGCCAUCGAUAAGAAUAGACGAUGAAGGCGAUGAGACAGUAGAAGAAGGUCGCUACAGAAGAAAAAGUCUGGAAAGGACAAGGAGUUGGGCCGAAGAGGUCGAGAGGAAUAGGAAGAGGUCAGAGAGGAAAGGUAAAGAACGAGUAAAAGCUGUACGGGAGAGCGAGAAUGGUGCAUAUGGCCAACCCUUUUGGUCAGUAUCAACCGAAGUGAUGGAUUCAUUGGUCGAAGCUCUCAGCCCUUCGUCUUCCGAACUAUCACAUCUACCCAGUGCCGCUAAGGUGAUAGCUGCCAAUAGAAGAAGAAGUUAUCGUAUAGAUAGUGAUUCGGAUGAAGGCAAAAGUGGGGAAGAAGAUGAAUGGUGGAAUGAAGAUUUACAUCGCGAGAAAGGAAGAUCCACUUCAAUGAGGCUACAGGUGGUGCAGCCUCGUUCACACAGGGAACGACGAAUGUCAGAAAGAGCUAGAAAGUCAAGUAACAGGACGACGAGAAAGGAUGAGAAAGAUAAAUCAAUUAGAUCGAAUGAGAAGAUAGCUUUAAUCUCUUUGCCUAGUCCUACAACACCUAUCACACCUACUACGCCCAAUACACCUGCCACAACUUCCACUCCCACUCCCACAACGCCUAUUUUGUCUAUUGAUGAUAUCAUCAGGAAACAUUCACCGGGAGUGACGAAUGCAGAGAAUGUCGUGAAAGAAAAAGCAAGGAGGGAGAUCGAAGAAGUAAGACCUAGGUUGGCUAGCAUCAGACCGAAGUCUAUGGACGUUCUUACGCAACGGAAGAAGGAACUUGGUGAUACGCUGGGACAGUCGCCUGAGAACGUUGUGCAGAAUAACGACGAGAAUAGCAGGGUAGCUACCGCACCUCAAACCUCUUCCCUGACUCAAGAUACUAGCACAGCAGAUGGAAUGUCAAGGACCAGAAAACUAUCAUUCGCCCAACCAUCAACACCUUCCGGUUCAUCUCGAACCAACAGUCUACCAAAUGUGAAACCGAUUUUACGAACAUCUCAGAAUACACACAACACACCUCGGAAAUCAGCUCUCAAUAGCAGUGUCAGUUCUGGACAAGCUACUGGAAUGGAGAACGAAAGCUUGGAAUCGCUCUCACAGGAAGUGAAGAUGAAUACAGCUUUAUUAGAUCAGCUUGAACAGCUGGAAAAAUCAUCAACCAUCACAUCAAUUUCCUCUACACCCACUUCAAGUCGCAGGAUAAGUUUUCAAAUUUCACCCGACAAACGAUCUUCUGCAUUCGUCCGACCAAUGACACCUACCCGAAACUUCAACGGGAAUGGGAAUGGGAAAUUAUCUAAAAGGAAAAGUAUGCCUGAAUCGAGUCUUAUAGCACUUCAAUCUCAAGCGCCACUCGAUAGUCAAAAUCAAUCUUAUGCGGUAUACCUUAGAUCGACUCAUCUCAACAAGAUCAUAAAUCUACCAAGACGAUAUCCCGAAAAACCACUUCACAUAUCCUCAGCAGAAGUUGGUAAUCCCCAUGGUAAACCUGUAAUAGUUUUUCUAGGAUUAGGAUGUGUAAGAUAUUUGAUUGCUUUAUUCGAUGACAUUGCCAAGACUUUCAAUCUCAGAUUGAUCUGUAUAGAUAGAUGGGGAUAUGGAAAGACCGAUCAAGUGUCUUCGGAUAAACGAAAUCCACUAGAUUGGGCGGAUAUAGUCACGAGGGUCUUGGACGUAUUGGGUGUAAGGGAUUUCCAAAUUUUGGCUCAUUCUGCUGGAUCACCUUAUGCUAUGGCACUUGCUUUGAGGAUGAGGGAUAGGGUGAAAGGGAAAGUACAUUUGUUGGCACCCUGGGUAGGAGCCGAUAUAGAGGGGGGCUACAAAUGGCUUAAGUAUAUACCCAACACAGUUAUCAAAUCCGCCACCGCUGCCGAAUGGAAACUACAAUCGUAUUUGAUUGGUAAACCACCUCCGUUGAGACAUAGACCGAUAUCUCACGAUGCGAAUGCACCGGUAUCUAGCGAAAGUUCUUCGAGGACCACAACACCCCUGCCGGAAGAAGACACAUUUGAAAAAUCUAGAAAGAAAAGAAACUCAAUGCUCAGAUCGUCAAAUCGGGAUAUCACCACGAAUGUUGUUAAAAGGGAAAGACAAAGACCGCAAACCUCACCAUCACCGGGUUUAGUCAGGAGGGCUUCAAAGAAAUUACUCACUACACCUCGUAAGACAUCGGUAUCGAAGAACAUGGACCGUCCACCCAGUCAAUCUGAAUUGAGAAGAUCUAACUCACCAACCAAAAAUAUUGAUCCUCGAACAGGAAGUCCAGUUCGACAGGAUUCUGGCACAUCCCUGAUCUCGAUCAGUAGUUCUUUACAAACCAGCUUGAAGACUCCAAAUUCCAUAUCCAGAUCCAGUCUAUCGCAAGAGAGUCGAGCUAGAUCAUCGAGUGUUUUAAAUAAAAACGACGACCUUGAAGUCGAUGUUGAUGUCGGAUUAGAUAUUUAUUCUCAAGAAGAAUUUGAUUUGAGAUCAUCAAAUUCAUCAGAUUCUCAAUUCGUCACGUCCCCAAUCAGUCGAUCGGCCUUACUUCGAACAAAGUCAUCUACUACCUCAAGCACGAGCCCAAGUGGGAUAGACUAUGGAUCGAUGAGUGCACCUUCAGGGGAAGGUUUCAGUACAGCGUUGAACCAAGCUUCUCAUGCAGAGUGCGAACCUGGAACUACCUCUGAUCUUCUAUCCAUAAUAUUGAAUAAAAACAAGGAUGAUAAACCUUGGGGGUUCAGUUAUACAUAUUAUACAGGAUCGGUAAAAGUAUACUAUGGAUCGAUGGAUGAUAAGAUAAGUGAAAAGAGUAUGAGGUGGAUGGAAAGAUCAAUGAACGAUGUGGAGUUGAUGGUGAGAGAAGGUGAAGGUCAUAAUUUGAUGACGUCGCAGAGGGUUAUGUGGGAUGUAUUUGAGAGUUUGGGAAGGGAUGCGAAAGGGAGGUGA